GGUCGCCCUAUUUUACAACACGACCUACCGAAAAUAUUUAGUUUUUGACAUUAAUAGGAAUUAACAGUGAUAAGGCGACCAAAUCAAAACUUUCUGCGGGUAUAUAGCAGACCUGUACCCUGGUGUGAGUGCAAUUUGAAUUGAAAAAAAGGAUGAUACGACGACCGUUUGAUCCGGAGGCACAUGAGUUGGAUGCCUCCUUUCGAUUGACGAAGUUUACAGAUUUAAAGGGAUGUGGGUGCAAAGUACCCCAAGAUGUUUUGCUCAAGUUGCUCGAAGGGCUACAAGGAGAAGGUGCGCAAGCCACCUCUCCGAUUGCACAGGUUGCACAAAUAGCACAAAUUUCCCAAGACCAGGAGCAGUCACACUUUCAGUAUGUUACUGCAGUACCUCGAAUCGGUAUUGGGAUGGACAGCUGUGUUACUCCCCUCCGACAUGGAGGUUUAUCACUGGUACAAACCACAGACUUUAUCUAUCCUUUGGUUGACGAUCCUUACAUGAUGGGUAAAAUAGCUUGUGCCAAUGUACUCAGCGACCUUUAUGCCCUGGGUGUAAUGGAGUGUGACAACAUGUUGAUGUUGUUAGGGGUCAGCAACAAGAUGACGGAUAAGGAAAGAGAUGUCAUUGUUCCACUGAUGAUGAGAGGUUUUAAGGAUGCUGCUGAAGAAGGGGGCUCUAGUGUCAAUGGAGGCCAAACCGUCAUGAACCCUUGGUUAACUAUUGGGGGCGUGGCUACAACUGUCUGUCAGCCCAAUGAAUAUAUCAUGCCCGACAAUGCUGUUGUUGGGGAUGUAUUAGUUUUGACCAAACCUCUAGGAACCCAGGUUGCUGUCAAUGCCUUUCAGUGGCUUGAUCAGCCUGAACGCUGGAACCGCAUCAAGCUUGUGGUUAGUGAAGAUGAUGUGAGAAAGGCAUAUCAAAGAGCUAUGUUCAGCAUGUCAAGACUGAACAAGACAGCUGCUCGGCUGAUGCAUAAGUACAAUGCCCAUGGAGCAACAGAUGUCACAGGGUUUGGUUUGUUAGGCCAUGCAUCCAACCUGGCAAAAGUUCAGAAGAAUGAAGUCAGUUUUGUGAUUCACAACCUGCCUAUUAUAGCUAAGAUGGCAUCAGUUGGUAAAGCCUGUGGAAAUAUGUUUAAACUGAUGCAAGGCCACUCUGAAGAAACAUCAGGUGGAUUGCUGAUUGCCCUUCCCCGGGAACAAGCUGCUGCAUUCUGUAAAGACAUUGAGAAACAAGAGGGCUAUCAGGCCUGGAUUAUUGGAAUUGUGGAAAAGGGAAACCGGACAGCUCGGAUUAUUGAUAAGCCACGAGUAAUUGAAGUGCCUGCUAAGGAUAAAGACGGGGAGCUCUGGUGACCUAGGACUGUAUACAAAGACUCUUUACGACAUCAACAUUGCAAUGGCACACUUACAUUAAGGGAUACUUGAUGUUUUGGAUGCUCCAAUGUGUGAUCUUUGUCCAUGUUCAGUAUCCAAUCAGAAUGAAGAGGGACUCCAUGAAUUGGAUCAGUACUGUGGAUGUUUGCCAAGAUGGUGUUGAACCCACCCACAUUAUGUGGCAAUAUUGCCUCAAGUUUAUAACUUUUUGACUUGCAUGUUUCUUUGUAGGAAUGGAUUAACAUAAACUUCAAAUUUGCCAAGCCAAAUAGACCACAAUGUACUUUGCAAAUAUUAUUAUUUUCUGAUUAUGUAAGGGCUGUAAUUUUGUUCUUCAUUUGCAAGAGAUGAAAUUCAUGUCAUGUUCAAGAUUUAAUAAAUCUGAGAACGGUUAUCAGCUGAGCUGUAGCACUUUAAAUGUUUAUGAAGAUGUUGCUUAGUAAAAUGGCACAAACUUUGUAGUACUGUGUUCUUCAGCUGAUGUGCAUAUUUUUGCUAAUCUUACGCUGCAUGCUUUAUUAACAGAGGCAAGAUUUUUAUUACCCGUACAUUCAGGCUUUGCAGUGGUUUUCUGCCAGGUCAGUUAUUUGCCUGACAGAGGGGUAGAUCAGUUAUGUGACUGGCG